GACAGAUGUUACGUAAUAAUGUUUUCUUAUUUUCUGAGUGGAAUAAGUUCCAUAAAAUGUGAGUGAAGUAGAAAAAUAUUUAACCAAAAUGGAUGACAUACGAAAAAUGUCUUUCAUCUAUGUCAUAUUAGCGGUGAGCUGUCUUAACCAAGUAGCUGGUCAAAUAGACCGACGACGAUUCUCGAAUCCUACUUAUUAUAAUGUUGGAGGUGUGCUCUCUAGCAACGAAUCCGUCACGUUCUUCAAGGAUACCAUUUCGAAUCUAAAUUUCAAAGACAAAUAUGUACCCCGUGGUGUAACCUAUCAUGACUAUUCAAUUCUUAUGGAUCCAAAUCCAAUAAAAACGGCGCUGAAUGUGUGCAAAGACCUCAUAGCUCAUCGAGUAUACGCAGUUGUCGUGUCUCAUCCGUUAACUGGUGAUUUGUCACCAGCUGCCGUUUCCUAUACAAGUGGCUUCUACCACAUUCCGGUAAUCGGUAUAUCAUCCAGAGAUUCAGCAUUUUCCGAUAAGAAUAUUCACGUAUCAUUUUUGCGGACAGUGCCACCUUAUUCCCAUCAAGCGGAUGUGUGGGUAGACGUUCUUAAACACUUUAAUUAUAUGAAAGUUAUUGUGAUACAUAGCUCCGAUACUGACGGAAGAGCCAUUUUGGGAAGGUUCCAAACAACUUCUCAAAGUAUUGAUGAAGAUGUGGACAGAAAGGUCGUCGUGGAGCAAGUCAUAGAAUUUGAACCUGGCCUCGAUUCUUUUAGUGAUAAACUGAUAGAGGUUAAGAGUGCGCAAGCAAGAGUAUUUCUCAUGUAUGCCAGUAAGACCGAUGCAGAAAUAAUAUUUCGUGAUGCCACCUAUUUGAACAUGACGACAACAGGUUACGUGUGGAUGGUUACAGAACAAGCCCUGGAUGCAGCUAAUGCACCCGAGGGCUUACUUGGACUGAGACUGGUCAAUGCUACCAAUGAACAUGCCCAUAUUCAGGAUUCAAUUUAUGUCCUCGCAUCAGCGAUACGCGACAUGAACACAUCAGAAGAAAUUCACGCUCCUCCUUCUGAUUGUGACAAUUCUGGUUCUAUCUGGAAAACCGGACAGCUCCUAUUUGAUUACACCAGAAAGCAGAGUUUAGAGAAUGGAGCUACGGGACAUGUCGCGUUUGACGAUCACGGUGACAGAGUACAUGCAGAAUAUGACAUGGUGAAUGUGAGAGCUCAGGGGGAACAUGUAGCUGUUGGAAAAUACUUUUAUUCCAAAGAAACUCAAAAAAUGCGUUUAGAACUCAAAGAAAAUGAAAUUAUUUGGAUGGGUCGUAGUUCAUCAAAACCAGAAGGGUUUAUGAUUCCUACACAUCUCAAAGUUUUAACAAUUGAGGAAAAACCGUUUGUGUACGCUCGCCGUGUUGACGAUGAACUUGAAUGUACAGUGGAAGAAGUACUGUGUCCACAUUAUAAUGCUAGCGAUGAAGCAGAUCAACUUUAUUGCUGCAAGGGCUUUUGUAUGGACCUGUUACGGUACUUAUCGAAAGCAAUCAAUUUUACUUACUCGCUAGCUCUAUCUCCUGAUGGACAGUUCGGAAAUUAUAUAAUUCGAAACUUUACACAACCAGGAGCUAAAAAAGAGUGGACGGGAUUAAUAGGCGAAUUAGUGUACGAAAGAGCUGAUAUGAUUGUAGCUCCUUUGACGAUUAACCCAGAACGAGCUGAAUUUAUAGAAUUUAGUAAGCCGUUUAAAUAUCAAGGCAUCACAAUUUUAGAGAAAAAGCCAUCACGCUCCUCAACACUCGUAUCGUUUUUGCAACCAUUUUCAAACACACUUUGGAUAUUAGUUAUGGUUUCAGUACACGUAGUUGCUUUAGUACUAUAUCUUUUGGACAGAUUUUCUCCUUUUGGGAGAUUUAAGCUAGCGAACAUCGAUGGUACCGAAGAAGAUGCCUUGAAUCUGUCUAGUGCUAUUUGGUUUGCGUGGGGCGUAUUACUUAAUAGCGGAAUUGGAGAAGGUACUCCAAGAAGUUUCUCUGCUCGUGUCCUCGGUAUGGUUUGGGCUGGUUUUGCAAUGAUCAUCGUCGCUUCGUAUACAGCUAACCUGGCAGCUUUCCUUGUACUCGAAAGACCUAAAACAAAGCUAACUGGAAUCAAUGAUGCCAGGCUUCGUAAUACAAUGGAAAAUCUAACCUGUGCUACAGUGAAGGGAUCUGCUGUAGAUAUGUAUUUUCGGAGGCAAGUCGAAUUAUCGAACAUGUACCGCACGAUGGAAGCGAAUAAUUACGACAAUGCUGAACAAGCCAUACAAGACGUUAAAAAUGGGAAACUAAUGGCCUUUAUCUGGGACUCCUCGAGAUUAGAAUUCGAAGCUGCUCAGGAUUGCGAACUAGUAACAGCUGGUGAACUAUUUGGACGAUCUGGAUACGGUGUAGGGCUGCAGAAGGGAUCUCCAUGGGCCGAUUUAGUCACACUAGCUAUAUUGGACUUUCACGAAAGUGGAAUAAUGGAAUCUUUGGAUAAUCAAUGGAUACUUCGCAAUAACAUGCUUAACUGUGAGGAAAACGAAAAAACCCCGAACACAUUAGGUUUGAAAAACAUGGCAGGAGUGUUCAUAUUGGUCUUAGCGGGCAUUAUCGGAGGAAUAGUCCUUAUCGUGAUUGAGGUGGUGUACAAACGUCACCAGAUCAAAAAGCAGAAGAGGAUGGAGAUCGCACGUCACGCAGCUGACAGGUGGCGCGGCGCUGUUGAGAAACGAAAGUCAUUGCGGGCGUCUAUUUUGCCAUCACAGCGUCGAGCGAAGUCGAAUGGCGUGAAGGAGACGGGAAGCAUCAGCUUGGCGGUUGAUAGGGGCGUGCGACGUCGCGACGAGCCACGUGUACCGCGCUACAUGCCUGCCUACACACCAGACGUAUCUCAUCUUGUAGUUUAAGCUUGUUCACGUAUAAGAUAUAAGAUUCAUGUGUAUUAAAACUUAGUUAGAGUCAAAUCUCAUAUCACGUCUUCAGUCUUCACCUAAACUCUGUUUCUUCACGAAAAAACUACAAAAUAAUGGCCUGAUGAAUGAAUGGUUUUUAGCGAUUACCUGUUGCUAAAAUUAAUAUUAUUAA